CAACCGAAACUAAACAACAAAAGAAAAUGAGUUUUCUUGCAGCAGGGAGACUCGCGGGAAAAGAAGCUGCCUACUUUUUCCAAGAAUCCAAACACGCCGUUAAUCGUCUCGCCGAGAAAUCUCCGGCCACCGGGAAAAAGCUUCCAUCUUCUCCGGCGGAUCCACCGGAAAUUCAACCUGACGUUCUUCCGGAGAUUCUACGCCAUUCUCUUCCUUCUAAAAUCUAUGGUCGUCCACCUGAUCCUUCGUCUCUCUCCCAAUUCUCCAAAUGGGCUCUUGAAUCCGACCCAAACGCUUCAGUUUCUAUUUCCCCUGACGUCUUGAAUCCUCUCAGAGGUUAUGUAUCUCUGCCUCAGGUCACAUUCGGACGCAGAAGAUGGGAUCUACCAGAAUCUGAGAAUUCGGUUUUGGCGUCAACAGCUAAUGAAUUGAGGAGAGACAGAUACGGCACUCCUGUCAAUCCUGAGAAAUUGAAAGCUGCUGGUGAAGGCCUUCAACAUAUUGGAAAGGCAUUUGCAGCCGCUACUAUUAUCAUCUUUGGCUCUGCCACUUUGGUCUUUGGAACGGCAGCCUCAAAACUUGACAUGCAUAAUACCGAUGACAUAAGAACGAAAGGCAAAGAUCUUUUUCAGCCAAAACUGGAGUCGAUGAAGGAACAAGUAGAGCCCUUAAGAACUUGGGCUGGAAACAUGUCAAAGAAGUGGCAUAUUGAUAAUGACGGUGGUAGUACUUUGAAGGAGAAACCAAUCUUGAAGGAGCUUUCGAAAAUUCUGGGACCUAAAUCUUAAAAGGCUGAGACUGUGGAUAACAUGUGUAGAGAAAACCAAACAGGAAGUUCUAUAUGUAUGUAAGAUGGAAUAAGAUCUUAGGUAAAAUAUCAAAUUGUGCUGUAAGAACUAAGAAGUUUCAAUUUCAAUGUUGCUAAAUAAAUGUUGUAUCGAGUGAUUUAAGUUUUGUAUAAUAAAGUUUUAAUGAGAGUUUCAAUAUCAA